UGAUCGUCCUCCGACAUACAGGAGGAAAACCCUACGCCGUGCCCAUGCGAUUGACCUUUCGCAUUACGAUCAACGCGGUUCCGCGGGCUUCACCGAUGAUGGCAAGGACUCUCCGCAUGAUCUCCUGGGGUGAAUCUGCAGAAGGAGAGUCAUCAACAGAUGAUGCGGAAAGCAGUGACGAGAAUGAUCCGGAGAUCUUGAAAUUGUGGGUUCGGUGUCUGAUGGGAAUUUGCAAUGCGCCUGCCACGUUUCAGCGAGCGAUGAACAUGACAUUCCAGAACUUCGUCAACAAGACACGGCUGGCGCAGGGGAUGAUUAACUUCUGCGUGAUCGUGUACAUGGACGACAUCCUGGUCUAUUCGGAAACCUACCACGGGCACCCGCAACAUAUCGAAUGGACAUUGGGUGCGUUGAGAGACGCUGGAUUCAAGAUUGCGCUCGAAAAGAACGAAUUUUUCCUUUCGGAAAUUUCGUUCUUGGGCUACGUCGUGACACGUGGAGGAUUGCGGCCGGAUUCGAGAAAAGUUGCGGCGGUGAAAGAAUCCCCGGUUCCCACGUCACUGACGCAGGUUCGAGCCUUCUUGGGGUUGGCGUCGUACUAUCGGCGCUUCAUCAAGGGUUUUGCUGCGAUUGCGCGGCCACUAACGAAUCUGUUAAGGAAGGACCAACCUCUCAGUUGGGACGCGGAGUGUCAACAGGCUUUUGCAACCCUCAAGGACGCUCUGGCGACGGCCCCUAUUUUGAUUUGGCCGGACCCCUCGAAACAGUUCAUUCUCAUCACGGACUGGCAACCAGAAGCUAUCUCCGCUAUUUUAGCGCAGAAGGGGAACAAUGGUCGUGAACACGUCAUCGAGUAUGCGUCACGCAUGGUACCAGACGAACGAAGGAAUGACUCAGCACCUCAAGGCGAAUGCUAUGCAGUGGUCUGGGGAAUCCAGCACUUCCAUCCGUAUCUCUACGGACAGAAGUUUCGCCUUGUGACGGAUAAUGAGCCUCUGCUAGCUCUGAAGAAACUCACCAACUACACGGGCAUGAUUGGUCGCUGGGCAGUGCGACUACAAGAAUACGACUUCGAUAUCGUCCAUCGGAAGACAGAGCGACACGACAACGCGGACGGGCUGACACGUCUGCAUCAACCUGCCAAGCCCUUCGCUGUCCCCGAUAUGCAUCCUCCCCAUUGGGUCCUGUGGCGCGACGACUUCAUCGAGCUUUCACUGUGUCUGGUGGAAGUACGGCUGACGUGGAUCGAGGACGAAGCGCACCCGCCUUGCAUAGAGCGCCUGGAGUUGCUGUUCAUCCAGGCCUGGCGAACCAACGUGGAGGGAGAGCUUCUCGCUUUUCUAUUCGGUACGGUGCGGCCCGACCAUCAGGAUCUCAUCACGAAAGGGCUUACGAUCCCGGUAGCACAGCCGGCGAACGAUCUUCCUCUCGACAUCAUCUCGCAAGACGACGAGCAUCCAGUUCCCCACGUACUUUCUCGCACGUUGACACCUUAUCUUCAGUGGUCGGCUUGCGUAGAAGGAGCCGUAGAGCGCAUCCCGCCGUCGCAGCAACAAUACCUGGAUCCCCGGACGGCUCGCGAUUCUGCCUUCUUCAGGCAUCCUACGACUGAGCAGCUUGCGGUCAUUCGAGAGGAGGAGGAGGAGGAGAGUACUGGGAGUGACGAAGACGAAGAGCUCGAGGAAGAAGACGAACCCCCGAAGAAGGAAGCUAUAGCGAGCAUAGCGAGGGGGAACAGAGCGAAGAAGAAGAAGAAAGCGAGGAAGGAGAAGAGGAGCACGACGAAGAGCCUGCUGGAUCGGAGUGGGAAGUCGUGCCAGAAGAAGCGUUGUGUACGGGUACGGAAGCUGAGGAUCUUGAGGCGGCCAGCAAAAGAGAAGAGAUCACGGCCGGGAAGAAGGAGUUAGAGCUCGCAAACGCGGCGAGUCUGCAGAUUCACGACGAUCCGAACCGAGAUCCGGAGCCGCCCCGGCC